CUCUAAUCCUCCCUUCGCACAAUGGGAGUGCCUUUGUUCCUGAUGAAUGUGGCUCCCUUUAGGAAUACCAACCAUCUCAACAGAGUAUACACGUUCUUGUCUGGUUUGGGAGUUCUUUAGAGAGAUGAAGCUGAGCCGCCUUUCUCUGCUCAUAGUGACCAUCUUCCUUUGCUACGACAUGGCUCAAUCUGGAGUGAAUAGGAAAGCUCUUACACCAAAACCCGGAUAUUGCCCAGAGUUUCCACAGUCCUGCCCUUUUGUCAUAAUUCCCUUCUGCAAGUAUGACAGAGGCUGCAAGGGCCGGAAAAAAUGCUGCUUCUUCUACUGUCAGUACAAGUGUGUGGAUCCAUGGUUGGUUUCGAACUAG